GCAGUAGUGAAGGCUACGUUUACGACUGGCUGCGUGAGCCGUGUUUGGCAGGGCAAGGACACUCAGGGCUAGAAUGACAUUUGAGUAAGUUACCUAAGCAAAGCUUUCUAAACUUGCAGUUUGUGCCAACCCAGUUGCUACUGCUGUGCAAAACCUCACACGGAUACCAACAACAUCUAGACGGAUUUAUUCGGGUUCUCGUUUGUAAAAGGUUUUCCAUGCUAGAGGGACUCCUGCAAUAGCCAGGAAUCUUCCAGAUUCCUAAAGUCCCAAAGAGACGUUUUUGUGCUGUCAUCUGAGCUGUGGGUGAUGGUCAGCUGGUGACUGGGGUUACCCUGACCCCUGUGGUGAAUGGCUGUGAGCAGAGGUGGCGUGGCCUUCUGGGUGGGUUGUGUCUGCAGCUACAGCAGAAAGCAGCGUAUGCAAAAACUGAGCUGGAGUCUCAGUAAGGUGGUCAACUGGCAAUGGACCGGUCAAAUGCACCCCCUGAGCAGUGCAACAUGGGCUCUGGCACCCCCCAACAGCCUGAGAUAUCAGAACAUUAAGCAGCCGGUGCUGUCCUACCCGUUGCACCAUGCCAACUGGCCUCAGAGACAAGAUUACUAUGAAGAGGACUGUGAGGAAUCUAUCAGUGUGUGUGUACUGGUACGACAGGGCGAGUCAAAAGGCCUCCACACCCUGCUGGACAUCCCUCUCUUCGGUCACAAUAAACCAGGAGAGCUCCUUGCUCCAGGGACUCGCAAGUCUUCUGAUUUCUCCUUUCCACUGACAAUGGUGGACGGCAGUAGAGAGGAUGACAUCAGCAUUGACGACUUCAAGAGGAGGAGCAUUAACACUGUAAAUGGAGAGCACAGCUGCUUCAGAAGCCUGUUUGAAGCGGAGGGUUGUCCUGCACCAUUUAUGUAUGGCUCUAGGUUUUAUUGUUUUCAUUGCCCAGACGCACAGCUCAUUACUGGAAGUGCUCUAAAAUCCUGCCAAGAUGGUGGACUUGACAGAAAACCUGUGGAGGUGCCUCUGCUGCCCUCUGUUUCUCUGUGUAGCCAAGCAGACAGAGCAGAGAGGGAGCAUACUGAAGGAGAGAGUGAAGGAGAAGAGAAACUGGCUAUGAUGUAUGAAAGACUGAGGAUACAGCUUCCAAAUUUCUUUAUGACAAACCAUGACUACACCAUGUACUCAAAUGAUGUGGAAUUCAUCAACGGCAUCAUAAAUGUCAAGAUCAGUGGCCGUAUGUUGUACCAGCUCACCCUUUCCCUGUGGCGCCUCCUGUGUCUGUGUUACUACGCGGAGGCUCGGCUAGAUGUACUGAAGCUUACCAAGCACAUGGAGGAUGGAACCAUUAAGGCCCGCUGGAGGAUCAAAGGCCUUCCCUUCUACUCUCUGCUGCUGCGCUUCUAUCGCAAAGACAAAUCUCACCUGUACAGGACAUAUGAUGCGCUCUCUACUUUUUACAUAGGAAAGGAUGGACUCAUUCAUUGUCACAAAGUUGAAAAGGUGAUGCCGGCACAGCCCCCUGUCCUGCCCAGAGUAACUUCCUUCCUGACAGGGGCUCUGGUGGCACUGGGGGUGCAGGAACAUCGACCUGCACUCAACCUGUUGCCCCUACUCCUGUCCUCACUGCGACAGAGCAGAAGCUGACUCCAGGACAACCAAUAGAUGAAAACGGUCUCUCUAUACUGAUGGAAGGAGAGUUCACAUGCUGUUCAAGGGUUAGUAUGUUUCAAAUGAAGAGCAUGCCAAAUUGUUGAACAGUUGUUGACACAACUACCUUUGUUACUUCUUGUAUUACCAAUUGAAUGCCACACCACAGAUGUCUUUGAGUGUGCACCUGUAUCUUCAUACCAACAGUCCAUUGCAUCACAUUUAAACUUUAUAGCAGUACAGUCAUGUCUAAAAAAUAACGUUAUCCUAUGAUAGUUAACGACAAGAUGAACAUCUUCCAAAUAUGUUUAAAGUCUCUUCCUGUCCUCCCUAGAGUUAAUUUGUCUGUUAUUGUUAUUCCAGACCAGUUAACCUCAGCAUGUUUUUGGACUGUGGGAGGAAGCCAGAGGACCUGGUAAAAACCCUUGUGUGCACAGGGACUCCACACAGAAAGAUCCCACCUCCAGGCUGGGAUGCGAACCGGUGAUCUUCUAGCUGUGAGGCAACAGUGAUGACCACAGUAAACCACUCCAAAACUAAAAUAUCAGUAUCUUCUGCUACACAAAUUUCAGGCAAAUCAGAGAUGGUUGAGCAAAAAUUGUUCCCAAAAUUUGAUGAUUUGAGAUGGAAUGAGCCUCUGCUGUUUAUGCUCUUAACUUGCAAACUUUAAUUUUAGCAUUAACUUACCAGUUAAGUUAGUCUACGGUACCCCAAAUCCCUCAGAAUAUAGGUUAGUACAGUAUACUAUUGAGCAACUAACUGUGUGGUUUGAAACAGAGAUGUGUGCUCACAUCUGUUCCUUUUAUGAUGCAUUUCCUUGAUACCACAUGCCCACCCCACAAGUGACUACUGUGCAUAUAAUGUUUGCCAAAACUGUCCCCAGCACCCCAAGAUAGUAGCACCCACUUCUGCAAUAUUUUGGCAUCAUUUUUGUCAAGUGAAAGAAAGUGUUGCCGCAUCAUCCAUCAUUAUAUACAGUCUUUGGAUUAAUAAGUUAGAGUCUAGUCCUUUCGGUCUUUGUAGCCAUUUGCAAAUUGAGCAACCUGUUCUCCAAACCUUACUGGUACAAAUCUCAGCAUUGAUAUGCAACUGAAUCCUUAAAACAAAUAUACAGAAGUGGGUCAUCAAAGAUGUUGCCACCUCAGAUCCAUUGGUGGUGUCAUUCUAAAUAAUGCAGAAAAUGUGGGUCAGCAUGCAAAGAAGGGUCAUAUUGGCAAGAUGUGAAUUUUUUUUUCAAAGUGGAAAAAAUUUUAUGAGCCAAAUGUAACUGACCAUUUCACAGCAAAAAUUGCUGCAGUUGGGUAAGAUGUUAUGUCAUAGUUGCAUGCUAUUUUGUAAAUUCAAAAAAGACAGCAGUCAAGCAAAUUUCACUCUUCAGUCCUCCUCCAUUCUGACAGCCAGUCAGACCUAGGGCUCAGUAGCUGCUUUGUGAAAUCAAUACUAUAAGUAUCAUUGUACUGCCAGCAGAAACUUGGCAGAUGACACAUUUACGGAGGUUAGCUCUGUGGAACAUGAAUAAACUGAAACUUGUAUGAAUGCAUUUCAAUAGAUUAUAUGGUUUGCUGACUGUCCCAUAAAAUAGACCCUACCUGUUUUAAAUGUGAUUGUUAGAGACAUUCACCCCUGCCUGCUUUGCAUUAAGACAAAGCAAAACUGUUUCUGUGAAGUUGUACCUAAACUAGUAUUUGUACAUACUCCAGCUGGAUGCUUAAGCAUUCAUUGUGACUUCUCUGUAAAGUUUCACACAGUUUGACAGAACCAAGGAACAAAGCUUGCUCUAACAGUAACUGGUACACAGGUAAUCAGCAUUCUAGUGUGUAUUUAUCAGUCAUCUGUAUAGUAAUAUGACAGGUCAGGAUCUGUGUUGCUUAAAAAAUCACAUAUACUGCUGGAUUAACUUGUGUGUUAACUCUGGUUGUGUGAAUAAACUAAUGAUUAGCA